AAUAGCGCACUCGGAAUCCCAUGGCGUCGACCGUCGAAGCGCUCAAGACGAAGCUCAGCAGCGUGCUGCCGACGCCGAGCAAGACUCCGGACGUCGCCUUCGAGUCGCUCACCGAGUCUUCCGAUGUCGACAGCGUCGAAGCGGCGCCCGCCCCGAGCCCCGAGUCGUCGCUGCUCCAAAUCAAGUUUGAGCGCGUGGGGCUCUUGCUCCAGGUCGUUGGCGCGUGCUGCGUCACGCUCGUGGCAGGCAUGACCAAGCACGGAGCCCCAUCGACGCCGGUUGACACGAUGGUGUUUUGGCAGUCGUUUCUGAGCAUGGGCGUCGGCGUGGCGCUGCAAAACCAUUUCCGGCUGCGCCUUCUGGACAUUGAUGGCAUUAGCCGCUCGCACGUCUUUGCCCUUGGCGGCCUCCAGUACCUCGUCUGCGCCGUCUCGAGCUACGCGUACGCGACGUUUGAGCUCACGGACGCGACGAUCCUCCUUCUCGCGUCGAGUCUGCUCACGGGCCUCGUGGCGACCAAGGUGCUCGUCCAGCACGUGCAUGACCGCCGGGACAUGGCGUGCAGCGCCGGUGCGCUCGUUGCUCUCGUCUUUGUACAGGCGCCGGACGCUGCGCGUGAGUUUGCGUGGGCGAUCGGCGGCGCGUGCGGCCUCGGGCUCUACUACGGCGUGCUCUUCAAGCUCCACGAAGCGCCGAUGCUUUCCGUCUACACGCACAUGAGCGCCGUGAGCUGCGGCCUCGCGCUGCUCAAAUUGCUCUUCUUGAGCUCGGACCACAUCUUUGAAGGCGACGGCGUGCUGCUAAUGCUCAUGGGCGUCCUCCGGGCGCUUGGCCAGCUCGCGCUCCUCCGCGGUUACCAAUUCGAACGCAACCCGAUUGCGGCUGCCAUGGUCUUCUUUAAAGUUGCGUGGACCAUCCUCCUCGACUCGAUCAUGGUGGACGUGAUCCACAUGCACGCGAUAAUGGGCGGCCUCGUACUCUGCGUCGCAACCGGCAUUCUCCUCGGGAAGCGGCCACCCGCGCCGACGCUGCCAGCCGCCCCCGACGCAACGUCCUAAGAAACUGCUCUUCCAAUGCAAGUCUGCACAUCCUAGUGGCUCUAUUACAAAGCUACCAUCGCUUGCGACCGCACCCGGCCGGACGGCGAAUUAUGGGAUAGAAACCAUCGUGUCAAAGGCUAAGAAGACUUUAAGGUC